GAUUAUUUCCCCUCAUUGUACAAACCCUCCUCCUCCUCUUCUUCUUCUUCUUCAUUUGGUCGCCAUGGCUUCAGAGUUAGAGAAACCAAAUAUCACAGAGAUCAAGGUCCGUAUGGAUUGUAAUGGGUGCGUGCAAAAGAUCAAGAAAGCUCUUCACGGCAUCAGAGGCAUAAAUGACAUCUACGUUGAUUUUCCUCAGCAGAAGUUGACAGUGAUUGGCUGGGCUGAUCCAGAGAAGAUAGUGAAAGCUAUAAGGAAAACAAGGAAGAUAGCAACCAUUUGUUCUCACGCAGAACAACAGAAAACCGAACCUGAGACCUCAGAAGCACCCGAGGCGAGUCAGCUACAGGAUCCCGAAGCAGCCAAUCAUCCACAAAUGGAGCCACGAGCUUCCGAAGAAGCUUCUCAGCAAGCUGACGUUGCCGCUUCAACGGUUGAGACAGCUACUCCAUCACCCGAGCCAUCAAAGGACCAGCCACCACCAGAGAAACCAGCAGCAGAGUCAGCAGCACCUGCAGCUUCAGAAAGUAAUGCACAAGAACUCGGAAGCCAAAUGGGACAAAAAGAUGUAGGAGAGGUUCACGUGAUUUAUCAUUACCCUCCUGAUUAUGGGCAUAGAUAUGAUUAUGGAAGUCAUCAAUAUAACAGUUAUUGGGAUAGAUACAGCAACAGCCACGCAGACCCACAAGAGUCACCAAACACAUACACCACAAGUCAUUGCUUACCACAUGAACCACCAGAGAGAUGUGCUCAUAGCCCAAGAAGUCGGCAUCAACAACCGGUUACAUAUGCACAUAGCCUAAGAAGUAUCCCUGAACCACCGGUUAGAUAUGUGCAUAGCCCAGGAAGUGUUCCUGAGCCACAUGUUAGGUAUGCACAUAGCCCGGGAAAUGUUCCUGAGCCACCGGUUAGCUAUGCAUACAGCCCAAGAAGUGUUCCUGAGCCACCCGCCAGGUAUGCACGUAGCCCAAGAAGUGUUCCUGAGCCACCGGUCAGAUUUGCACAUAGCCCAAGAAGUGUUCCUGAGCCACCGGUUAGAUAUGCAUAUAGCCCAAGAAGUGUUCCCGAGCCACCAGUCAGAUAUGCACAUAGCCCAAGAAGUGUUCCUGAGCCAUUGGUCAGAUAUGCAAAUAGCCAAAGGUUUGUGCAUGAGCCAGAUGUGAGAAAUGUUCACAGUGAAGGGUUCCAACGGGACAUGCAGGUUGGAUACACUAAUACCCAAGAACAACCACAGCCUGUUUAUGGGACUCAUAGCUACAAUAUAAGCAGGCCAUCACCUUAUGUGACCGGGUAUGAGCAUACACACUCACCACCGAGGCAUGCCUAUCACAGUAGGAGAGACUAUACAGUUGAUUACCAGAGCAGUUAUUAUGGGAAUGAUGGAAAUGGAAAUAUUGCGGCGAUGUUCAGUGACGAGAAUCCAAAUUCAUGCACGGCAAUGUAAAAGUGGCCUAGAUGAUCACAAUGAUUAAGGAAUAUAAAUAUUGAAGCAAGAACUUCCAACAUAAAAGAUGAAAAGGGAAAAAGAUAAACCUUGGGUGCAAUGCAGUGUGGUUUCCAAAUUACACGUCAAACCAUUAGAGAGGAAUUAGAUUCUAUGAUUGUAAGUGCAGAAAUGAAUCGAUUCCUGAUGCCGUCUUUGAGAAAGUUCCAAGAGGGCAUAUGCAGUCUUAUCUGGUAGGAAUCACUUUCAAAAGAAUACUGUAAAGACAAAAACUUAUUCUUCAACAAAAAUGUAUUAGUUUCUUGAA